ACUUAGAACCGAAAUCGGGUUAGUGCACAUUUGUAACAUUACCUACAUGUAGUGGAGAACGGUCUUCGAAAAGGAAAAGGUGACAAGUCGAAAACCUCCGUAGGGCAGAACCGUAUUGGACCAUCGCACAACAUAAUGGCAGAGGAUAAUUCCUGGGUGUUUGAUUCGUUGGUUUGCUUCCUACAUGGUCCAGUUUGGAAUGCACCACUUCAAACGUUCAUCGAGGAUAAAUCGAUAAUUUUCGAUCCGAAUGAGAAACCCGACGAGAACAAUCCCGAAUUCCGCAAGGUUCACGAUGAGUACAAAAAUCUGGUCGACUACAUGCUCGGUUCGUUCAUGGAGGAAAUGCAAAUCACGCCGGAACAGUUUGAGUUUGCCUGCCUGGAGGGUCGUAAUUCGGCCGCCAUGUCCCAGUCUCCGGCUCGUAAUGGCGACAAGGAUGGCAGCUCAUUCUCCUUCCACCAGGGAUUGUUCCAGCAGAUUUGGGCAGCUAACGAUAUUCGGAUCUUUAUCCGCAUGAUGACGCAACGGAAUGUGGAGAUCCAAUUGCAGGCGUUGGACUUGAUUGAACGAAGACAGGCCUCCCAGUCAUCGGUGGAGAAGGACGAAGCUGGUGAUGCACGGCAGUCGACUUCAUCCGAACAGGGGCAAGAGGAAGAGCAAAAAAUCGUCACGGCUCAGGUCGAGGGCGUUGGUGAUCCGGUUACUGAGGAGGAAAUUGAACAGGAUAUCAUCAAAUCUGUGGACGAUGAGGUGAAAGAAAAGGUCUCGUUCGCACCAUUACCCACUGGCCAUGUGGAUGACGUUGUGCAAGAUGCGAGUGAUAAAUUUCAACGUUUGAAUUUGUUCUUCGAUCAGGACAGGAUCAACACUGCCGACAUGCGCACCCGCCAGGAGUACCUCCGGACCCAGCGGGACAAGAUCUUGCAGAUCAAGAAGCAAGCCCGUGCACGCCAGCUGAACGAAUCCAUCAAGAAAAGCGACCGCCCGGCGUCAGCUCAGGUAGCUCAGAAAAUUUUGGAAUCGGGUACCACUGACGGAGCGGUCCCCAUGGAUCCACCGGAAUCUUCACUGCAGCUGCGCAAAAUGCUCGCACAACGACUGCGCACCGAAGUGAUCGAGGAUAAGUAAACUUUGGGUAGAUCUAAUAUUUUGGAACAAUGAUGUGAAAGUUAGUUUUUUUUUGCUGCUCGUGGCUUGUGAAUUUCCCCUUAUGAAAAUCGUGCAGUGUCCAUCCUAUCAAUACUCAACUAAAGUGACGUUUGUGAUAUCAUAGCAACCAAUAAAAUCUCGUAUUUGGCACUUACUGAAUUGGAAAUGUUGUGCGGAAUUGUGAUACAAUCCGAAAAUGAAACUACCUGAUUUACCUUACCAGAUGUUGUUUUAUUUCUCUUCCUCCAUUAAAAUGCUUAAGUUUUUACUAAAUUGUCAAACAUGUUUGGUUGCUUCGCUUGUCCAGCCACAUUACUUCUAUAUCGAACAUCCCGAAUCGAAUAACCUCUCCUUAUUUGUUUUAUUAGCUUCCAUUUAGUUUCAUUUUAUGAGUGGUUGUUUAUAUCAAAA